AUGCCGCUCUGUCUCACCUUCAUCGACUUGAAGAAGGCCUUCGACUCCGUUGAGACGGAGGCGGUCGUGGAAGCCUUUGACAACCAAGGCGUCCCUACUCAGUACAUAAAGGUACUUCGAGAGCUGUACAGUAACUUCACGACCGGAAUUUCGUCAUUCUACAAGAACAUCAUCAUUGACGUGAAGAGGGGGGUCCGACAGAGUGAUACAAUUUCACCCAAAAUAUUCAGAGCCACCCUCGAGAACGCAAUGCGAAGGUUGGAAUGGGACGACAUGGGAGUGAAGGUCAACGGUCGGCAGCUACACCAUUUGUGCUUUGCUGAUGACAUCGUACUGGUAACACCUAGCAUCAGCCAAGCGGAACGAAUGCUGACCGAAUUCGACGAAACAUGUGGAUGCAUCGGUCUUCAGCUGAAUCUACAAAAGACGAUGUUCAUGCGGAACGAAUGGGUCUCGGAUGCCCCAUUCACGCUCAACGGAACGAACAUAUCCGAAUGCACCAGCUACGUUUAUCUGGGUCGAGAACUGAACAUGAUGAACGACCUGACCCCCGAGCUGAGCAGGAGGAGACGAGCGGCUUGGGGAGCGUACAAGAGCAUCGAGGAUUUAGUGAAGAAGACCAGGAACACCCGGCUUCGUGCUCACUUCUUCAACACCACCGUACUUCCUGCUUUGACUUAUGCUUCGGAAACCUGGGCAUUUCGCAAGCAGGAAGAAAACGCAGUGAACCUCAUUGAACGCGCAAUUGAGAGAGUGAUGCUAGGAGUAUCCCGUUUCAUGCAAGUGAGGGACGAGAUUCGAAGUUCUCUCCUACGUCAGCGAUCGAAGAUUAGAGACGCCGCCGCGUUUGCCAAGGAAAGUAAAAUGAGGUAG